AAAUGUUCACUGACUUUCAUAAACAGAUGCAAUAUGAUUAUGCUGAGGCUGCAAACACAUACUGCGGUAUUUUAAUCAGAAGUGGGAUUUUCGUUGGUCCGAAAUAGAAUCACAGGGCUAAUUUCAGGCAACAAUUUCAACUGCGUAAGAGCCUAUCGUGUCACAUUCAGCCUAACUGUCUGGGUCUUCAGAAGAGAGCAGGACAUACAUAUAGGAAAGGUUUAUAGACUGGAGACUUUAAGCGCAAAGACCUUGCAACAGCAGGUGGACCGGCAGUGUGCUGAUACCAGAUCAUGGCCGACUUUGAGAUGGUUCUGAGUUGCUGGGGGCCAAUAGAGGCUGACUAUAACAAAAACGGAGGACUGGUCCUGACCCGCCUUUUCGCAGAGUAUCCAGAAACACAGAAGUUGUUCCCUAAGUUUGCAGGCAUCGCCAAGGGGGACCUGGCUGGCAAUGCGGCAGUAGCUGCCCAUGGAGCCACUGUGCUCAAGAAGCUGGGUGAGCUGCUUAAGGCCAAAGGCAACCACGGUGCCAUCCUUAAACCCCUGGCCACCACCCACGCCAAUAAGCACAAGAUCCCCCUUAACAACUUCAAGCUGAUCACUGAAGUCAUCUGCAAAGUGAUGGGCGAAAAAGCAGGGCUGGAUGCAGGCGGACAGGAAGCCCUGAGGAGGGUGAUGAGCGUGGUCAUCGCUGACAUCGACGGCACCUACAAGGAGCUGGGCUUUGCCGGCUAAGUGGUUUACCUCAGCAACCUAUGACCCGAAUGCCGGGGUUCACGCGAGGUUAGUCAUAGGACAACAACUGAACUUGUAGAGCAUUUCCUGGGAUGUCUUAUAUAGAUAAUUGGGGGGGGGGGGGGGUACGUUUUACAUAAUGACACUACUACAUAUACUGCGUGAAACCACUGCAACUGCAAAUAGUCUAGAGGACAAUACUGAAGGUGAAUUGGGGAAUCAACUGAAAGUGUAUGGAGGAUAAUACCGGAGGUGUAAUGGGGAAGUACUGGAGGUGUAUAGGGAAAAGCACUUGAGGUAAAUGGGGUGAACCUUUUUUUGCAAAGGCAGUAUGUCCCACUGUACUGUACCUUGCCUUAAUACAGCUGCCAUUUCAUUGUAGUUUGCUUUCUAUAUGUGAAGUAAUUCUCUGUUGUACUAAACCAAUAAAAAUUAUACCUGUUUCCAGUAA